GUCCGCAGUUUUGUUUGGUAUAGGAAUAUGGAUAUCUGCAGACGCAGUAAUAAAUGCAAUCUAUUAUGAUUUGACAAUAGAAGGAUCAACAGUUCCUAAUACGUCAAACCUUUGGAUUAUUUUUGUCAUUUCGUAUAUUGCUAUAGUGCUCGGUCUUCUAUUGUUUGUUGUCAGUAUAACUAUUCUGGUGAAGUUAGAAAAUGUGAAAAUUAAUAAAAUUAUAUCAUUAAUUAACUUCGUUUUGAUGAUUCUUGCUUUAAGUUGCCUUAUUUUAUUAGCGAAAUCUGAUGAUUUUAUUAAACCUAGAAGACUUCGAGAUGUUUUGGCUAAAGUUCUUAAGUAUAAAACAGAAAAUUAUCUGUUCUCAAAUGAAGACAAGAUGUUUAUGGAUACGAUACAAAGCACGGUAGGUUGUUGUGGAGAAAAAGAUGCUGACGUUUAUGUUGAUAAUAAAUAUGUUCCAUAUUCGUGCAAAAGAUUCACAGGAGUUGGCUGUGUUGAAAAAUCGUUAAGAUACAUAGAUACGAGAUUGGAUAUUUACAGAGGAAUAUAUGGAACAAUUUUUAUUUUACAGAUUAUUGCACUGUUCACUUCUAUUAAACUUGUAAUGAAGCACAGUUUCCAAGAUUCAAAAGACAAUCAGAACAAUAGUAAGCGGUUUUUAAACUUUAAAGACAACAAAAGGAACAAUUGUACAUAAUAAAGAUUUAAUUCUAUUAAGAUGAAUAUUCGUCUAAAUAAAUAUGACGUUCUUAUUUAAUUCAAGAAUAAUUAAAAUUAUUUAUUUUGUAAAGGAAUUA